GUAAGGCGAAGGCGGCGGCUGAGGCGGCUGUGGAGAUUCUGGACUUGUACUUGGUAUCCUGCAGGUGCCAUGUGCUGGGCUGAGCCGCGCUGAGGGGGACGCGGGGCGCUGAAGGGGACGGGAGGCUGGGCCAUGGCUGGCGCUCGGGCCGCCGCUGCUGCCUCGGCGGGGUCCUCGACUUCUUCGGGCAGCCCUCAACCACAGGAGCCAGGACUCGGGGAGCUGCUGGAGGAGUUCUCCCGGACUCAGUACCGGGCCAAAGACUGCAGUGGGACGGGCGGCUCUAAGGUUGAGCGCAUUGAGAAGAGGUGUCUGGAGCUGUUUGGCCGAGACUACUGUUACAGCGUGAUCCAGAACGUGAAUGGGGAUAUCUGCGGCCACUACCCACAGCACAUCGUGUUCCUGGAGUAUGAGAGUUCUGAGAAGGAGAAAGACACGUUUCAGAGCACCGUGCAAGUGAGCAAAUUGCAGGACCUCGUCAACCGCAGCAAGACAGCCAGGUGCAGAGGACGGUUUGUCUGCCCGGUGAUCCUGUUCAAGGGCAAGCACAUUUGCAGGUCAGCCACACUGGCUGGAUGGGGGGAGCUGUAUGGACGCACUGGCUACAACUAUAUUUUCUCAGGGGGUGCAGACGACGCCUGGGCAGACGCGGAGGAUCUCACGGAGGAGGACUGUGCUGUUCGAAGUUCCGACACGCAUCUCUUUGAUAAGGUCAGAGGCUAUGACAUCAAGCUGCUCCGGUACCUGUCAGUCAAGUACAUCUGUGACCUGAUGGUGGAGAACAAGAAGGUGAAGUUUGGCAUGAAUGUUACCUCCUCCGAGAAGGUGGACAAAGCGCAGCGCUAUGCCGACUUCACUCUCCUCUCCAUCCCGUAUCCAGGCUGUGAAUUUUUCAAGGAAUAUAAGGAUCGGGAUUACAUGGCUGAAGGGCUCAUUUUUAACUGGAAGCAGGACUACGUCGAUGCCCCUCUGAGCAUCCCUGACUUCCUGACUUGCUCUCUGAAUAUUGACUGGAGCCAGUAUCAGAGUUGGGACCUGGUGCAACAAACACAAAACUACCUGAAACUGCUGCUUUCCAUAAUUAACAAUGAUGAUGACAGCGGGCUGCUGGUGCACUGUAUCUCAGGCUGGGACCGGACCCCUCUCUUCAUCUCUCUCCUGCGCCUUUCCUUGUGGGCUGACGGGCUCAUCCACACGUCCCUGAAGCCUGCUGAGAUCCUCUACCUCACAGUGGCCUACGACUGGUUCCUCUUUGGGCACAUGUUGGUAGAUCGACUCAGCAAAGGAGAGGAGAUUUUUUUCUUCUGCUUCAAUUUUUUGAAGCAUAUCAUCUCUGAAGAGUUCUCUGCUCUGAAGACACAGAGGAGGAAGAGUUUGCCAGCUCGGGAUGCAGGCUUCACCGUGGAAGAUAUCUGCAUGCUGAGGCGGAAGGACCGUGGCAGCACCACCAGCCUUGGCAGUGACUUCUCUCUAGUCAUGGAGAGCUCCCCAGGAGCCGCCGGGAGCUUCACCUAUGAGACUGUGGAGCUGGUCCCCGCAGGAGCACAGACUCAGGCAGCUUGGAGGAAGAGCCACUCCUCCUCUCCACAGAGCAUGCUCUGGAACCGGCCACAGCCCUCCGAGGACCGCCUGCCUCCCCACCAGGGUCUGGUGGAAGCCAAGUCCUCCAGCUCCUCAUCCUCGAACCAUUCUGACAACUUUUUCAGGAUGGGUAGCAGUCCCCUGGAGGUCCCCAAGCCCAGGAGAGCAACCCAGCCAGGACGGACAGGUGGGCCUGGAAUGUGCUGCCGAAAUGAUGUUUCUCUGGUGAGAUUAAAGCUGAGCACCGGGCAGGCUUAGGAUUGAGGGAUGGCCUGGCAUUUGGGGAAAGGAUUUCCUCACUGACCUCAUACCUUCCAUGUCAUACAGCCAAGGAAGAAAUCCUGUGAUUUAUUUUGUUUUCUAAAGCCUUGAGAAUGUCUGGUCCUUCUGGAAAGAACAGAGCAGUGUGCGACUUGAGAGGUCCUUAACAAAUGCCAUGGAGAAAAGACCUUCAGCAGAAAAAUCAUAAGUGUUAAAGUCCACUCCAGAUUCAAGUCCAGCUCUAUCAGAUUUUCCAGAAUUUCAGGUCUUUCCUUGUAGCAGACAUGUUACCAAAGGGGAAACUGAGCCCAAAGGUGGCAAACUUUCUAUAUAAGAAAAGACCUGAAACUUUGGAAAAUCUCCUUCCUUCGCCAUCCUCUGGUUUUUCCUUUCUGGGCAAAGACAGGCACUGGAGGAAGGUGGGGAAGCGCACCCUCCCCUCGCAGGCUGAGCGGGUCAGCUCUAGGCGAGUAGGAGCUGCACUGUCCAGAGGGAUCACCUCUGAAGGUGAGCCCUUCAACUCCGAGCACCGCCAUGUCUGCCAGGGCUGUAGCUGAGUCUGGUAGGCAAAGGCCGCAGCCCCUCUGUCCCCACGGGUUGGUGGAGGCAGCUGAGCAGAGGUGGCACCCGGCAGAUAAGCCCCCCCGCUGUGCUCGCUCACAUCCUUGGUGCCACCCCGCGUCCCUGUGUCAGCUUUCCUCAGGGCUGCUGGGGGGCUGCUGCAGCACUGCGUGACCCUCACUCUUGCGGGCUGGAGCUCUUGUUCACCAUCCCUCCUUUUCUGCCUGUGCAACAUUGCUGGACAACUGGGAAGGAAACCAGAAGAUUCCCCUAGACUCCUGGGUCCUCCUGGUCUUAAUUGUCCAAUUGUUAGUGCUCCCCUACUGAGGCAGUACCCCACUAAACACCUUAGCUCUUUAUCAUUUUCUUCUUCCUGACAUUCAUUCCAAUUUUGUGAUCACUUCCCCUCUGUCUCCCCAGUGGUUAUCCACCUGCACUGGGCUCAAAUGCUUAUGGUUGGUCCAGGAUGGUCCAGAAGGCUGAGGAGGAUUGGGAGGAUUGGGGGUGUCCUCCUGAACUUGGGACCCUGUGAGCUGCAGCCUGGCGGAGGCGGCUGGAAUAACUGGACCAGAAUGGGGCACAAGGCCUUGGAGAAGCAUGGGGUGGAUGGCUGUGUGGGCUGUUCUGAUGGCUCUGCUGGGCUGUUCUGGCGGUGCCUGCUUGUAGCCAGGCUGGACUAGGAGACAGAGUUCCGGAUUGGAUGCUUGUUUGCCAGGGGUUUUGAAAGACUAGAUUCUGAUUUGGAGCAUUCUAAUUAUAAUUGUGUAUCUCCAUUAACAUUAAAAUUAAUUUAGUCUUUCUUAUCUUAAAGUGCCUGAGGGAUCCUGUCAUUAGCUUUCCUGCUAAUCUUCGGUAGCAAUAACCAAUCAGCUUUUUAAUGCAGCAGGAGGAGCUGUGUGGAAAGCUAUGUGUGACAGCCAAAAUUCCCCUAAUAAUAUGAAUUCUCUGGGUUUCAUAUGCUGCAGAGUCCUAAAUUCUACCAGUGUAUCUCUUUUUUUUUUUUAAUUAAAUUUUUUCUUAUUUUUAAUUGGAGGAUAAUUACUUGACAGUGUUGUGUUGGCCUUUCCCAUACUACCAUGUGUGAAUCGGCCGUAAGUGUGCACUGGGCUGGGCUCACUACACAGCAGCUUGCCACGAGCUGCCUGUUUUACACAUGGCAUUGUGUAUGUUUCAGUGCUACUCUCUCAAUUCUUCCCACCCUCUCCUCCCCACCCACCCCCCACCACGUCCAUAUUAGCAUAGCUCGUUUAAGGUAGGACUUGCUGGGAAAGAAAUUGGGGGAGCUUUGUCCAGGGUUAAGAAAUAGGUGUCAGGCUAGGAAGAAGGUUCUGUGGGGUGCUGAUUCUGAUCCAGUCCCAACCCCAUACCCCUCACUGGUGGCCCUUUUGUAUCCUUAGUUGUCACUACAGUAGCUUCUGAGUUGUGUUUCUGGACCACUGCUAAAUCUCUUAUCAUCUGCAGGGCUGGGCUGGGAAGAGGCAGGACGCCUCCCUGAGGCCUGGUCAGUAAGGUGCCCCUCUCCGUACAGUCUUGGUCUCUGCUCCAGGGCCAGACAUCUCGGGGGCUGGGGAUUGCUAGCAUUGCACCGUCCUUGCCUGGGGUGGGAGGAUGCUAUCGCUGGGCCCAGCUGGAGGCCAAGCUGCCUGAAGAGCAGAUGAACUUGCCUGAGGGACAUCCAGCAGCCUGGUUGAAUGGCUGAGUGACAACAUAGGCACCAACUCUGCUGCCCAGAUAGCCACUCCUCCCCCAUCCUUCCCCACCUACUAGCUGCUUGUUAUAAGCAAUGGACUAUGUCCCAGGCUGUGUUUAAUGAGGUGGGGAAGCCAGGUUGCUUUAUGUGACACAUAGGGUUCCUGUCCCAUGUUUGAUGGGUUCUCACUUGGGGCUACAGGUCCAGACCAGGGAUGAGUGGUGAGGAGCAUUAAGGCAUGGCCAGCUUGAGACUGAGAUGGGUAAGAGAAAACUUGGAGCCUCAAAAGACUUCUCCUUGGGCUGCUGCAGGAAUGCAGAGGUCCCUGGUUCACACACACACACACACACACACACACACACACACACACACACACACACACACUUGGGCUGCUGCAGGAAUGCAGAGGUCCCUGGUUCACACACACACACACACACACACACACAUACACACACACUUGGGCUGCUGCAGGAAUGCAGAGGUCCCUGGUAUACACACACACACACAUACACACACACACAGCAAUGCUUGAAGUCCAGGCUGGGGGAAACUUGAUGAUCUUUCAGAUCUGAUGAAUCUUGUCCUAGCUGUUGCUGAGUUCGAACACUUCCCUUCUGAGCUCAUUUUUUUCAUCCCGUCAUUAAAGUAAGAAUAGUGAUCUUUGUCUUCAGAAGUUUGGGCUUAAGUGAGGUGACUUUGGAAGCACUGUCAGCUCUACGAAUUUCCAGUUUGAGGAUGGCUUGGCCCCAUGUCCCCUCCAGUCCUGUAGGUAGAUGGGUGGAGGUGGAUGCUGUGUGUACUUGAGUUAAGGUGUAGGGCAGAAGGGCAUGGGGCUUAUUAAAGCUGCUUGCGUUACCUGUGCACUGGGGCUAACUUGAAGGUUUUCCCUCCUUCUUUCACUUGGCAGGUGCAGUUGCUUCCUUCUGGUGACUGUUUCCUGUCAUCUUUAGGGCAUCCCCUCUCACCAGCUAAUUUAUUUUUUUUUUCACCAGCUAAUUUAAAUUGGCACUUAACGAGUACCUCUGUGCUUCGUAUAGCUCCUUGCUCUCAAACCCAAGAACUCAGUGGUUAUGUUACUAUGCAACCCUUUCUUUGACAAAAGCCUCAAAUAGAAAGGUUCAUUUGGAGCCUGUGUACUCAACUCUUGAAAAAGAUGCAGAAGAUGGUUGGCUGCUUGCUGAGAUUACUCUGUGACCCCUGGGAUCAUGCGUCCUGUUGCUAUUUAUGUGGCCUACUCCAUGCCACAGCUGUCCCCUGACUGCUUCAAGCAUGGCUCUUGCCUGGCGGUGCUGCCUGCCUGACAGGGGAAGUACAGGGAAGGUAGCCUAGAAGACCAGGAGCCCUUGCUGGGAACCUGUCUGUAACCACAUUCUACCUAGCUGUCUUUUUCCCAUUGGAAGUGUGAGUCUCGAUAGCCUUGGGGAGUGGGGUUAGGAGCAUGGAACCCCCGUGUUCCUUCUUCUAGAUGUCCCUCAUCCUGCCCAUCCUCCUCUAUUUCACGUUACUUUCGUUCCCUCAACACUUUGCUGUCUAACAAUUGUUUUCCCCAAAACUGGAAAAGAAUGUUUAUCUUAAACUUGGAGCAAUAGAUGAGGUUUGUGGAGCCAGGCUGACCUCAAGAGGGGUUGCACCGACAUGAGACCCCAGCAUGACCCAGAGAAAGCACAGGACUGGCCCCAGACUGUGGCCUGCAGCUUACUCUUAAGUGUUAGUCAGCUGUUUGAUUUAUAAACAGUUAAGGAUCACCAAAGAUAGAGCAUCUGGCCACCAAGCUUCUCCACCUGGGAAGAAGGAAGCCCUGCUCUGUCAUCACCAGGGCUUCCACCAGGUAGCAGCCCACAUCCUGUCCUCAUCCACACCCUGUCGUCACACACCUUCCAGGGUAGACCAGGAGCAAGGAAUAUGGCAAGUCCCUGUGUUUCAGGAGAUUCCAAUUCAUGGCAGCUUUAAUAUGGACAGCCAUCUGUUUUCCCUGGUCUCAAGGUGAUUCUGUUGUAUGACAAAACCGUAAUCAAACUUGGCUCUAAAAAAUAAAAAUCUCUUCUUGUACUCACUAACUGUGGUGGAACCUUGGGCAAGUGUCUUCCCCUGUCUGGGCUGCCAUUUCUCUGCCUCUAAGAUGGAGAUGGUUUAGGAUUAGCAGAGAUGUAAUGCUGGCCAGAGCUGCACUCAGUUUGGCCACUGCUUGCGGAUAAAGCUGGCCUAGGGACCCAGGGGACUAUCACCUCAGUCUAGGAGUCCUUGACACCAGCCAGCUGGGUGGGCCAAGGUCAAUUCAUUUUUCAGUUCCCCACCCCCUAGACCACGAUUCAUGCUUCUGCUGCGUUUCUGUGUCCCUACAGGAAAACCUUCUGCUAUUCUUGAAUUAAAGAAUAAAGGGUCAAGCAUCAAAGAUGAUGCACCUCUGGGGACAGGGACCUGGUGUAGCUGAUGGAAGGGCCUUGUCUGAUGUUUCCCUAUCUCCUCCCCCACCCCCACCGGCUGGGCCACUGUCCAGAGACGGCAGAGAAGGCUUGGCUGUGCGUGGGGAGCUGGUGGCAGUGGUAUAUUCCCAGUGCAGCUUUCCUUUCCCCACAUCCCGCAAACCUCUGUUUGAAAAAGGUCUGAUGAAGCUGUCAGGUUGGCUGCCUGAUUCAUCCCUCCCCUCUGGGCAUAGCCAGUGAGUUUGCUGGGUUGAUGCUUGUGAAUACAAACUUUGGCUCCUGAAAGGCACUGCAGAGGAAGAGGGUGGGGCUCAGGGCACCCGUCACCCUCCUUUUCAAUCUAGGUCACCACGUCCACCAUCCCCAGGAGACUCAUUCUCUCAUCUCUCCAAUAGGACCUCAGUGAUCCUGGGCUCUGCGUUGCCCACCCUGCCCGUCUCCAUGCCAGGAAUGUGAGGUGAUCCUGCCUCGCUGGCUCCUGGAGCAGUCUUGCUCCCCUCCUUGUGGUGCUGUUGAGAUUUUACUUGUUCGGUCAGGCAGAGCAGGCACGCCCUGAUCCCUGGCUUUGGUUGCUGGCUCACCUUUGUCACCAUGCUUUGCUCUUGUUCUUUUGCUCCUGUGAAUCUUUGCAUGAAGUAUUGUCCUCACAGCUAAGCCCGCCUUCUGGUCUUGACUCUUCUCUCUUGGUCAUAAGCUAUGCAGCAGUUUUUGCACUUUGGGAGGAAAGUGGUUGACUCUACAGAUGCUCUUCCAAUAGGCCCCUGUGGCCAGGUCCCAGGGCUACCACAGCCCCACCCCCACCCCAACUGUUCCAGGGCCUCCCCUGUCAGGCACAUGACUGACUACAUCAUCUCCCCUCUCU